AAACUAAUAAUACAAUAAAUCUGAUUGAUUUUUUCAAAUUUCAUAUAUGCCAUUUAAAUUAAGAUUUUAAAAAUUAACAUACCGACACAAACUCUAAUAUCUAGUCUUCCGCCUCCUAAUUCAGCCUAUUCAUUACAUCCUAAAUUAUGUUUCAACUUCAAUUUCUCGUCUCAACUGUUACUUUAUCAUUCAUUACCCAAUCAUAUUCUUCCAUGGUACAACUCUCAAUUCUCCAAUCCCAUUAUCAUCCAAAACCCUACUUCUUAUCCAUCUCUGUCAUCGGGUUCGGUGCUGCCGGCGGCGGCGUCGAAUACGAUACAGUUCCAAUCCGGAAGGCUAUAAACGCAUGCUCGGCCGCCGUCUCCAAAUAUCGUCGUCAAUGCCACGUUAUCUUUCCUCCGGGAAAGUACUUAACGGCAACAAUAUUGCUGAAAUCUGGAGUUGUAUUGGAUAUUCACCGGAACGCAACGAUUUUGGGAGGACCGAAGUUGGAAGAUUACCCGAAGGAGCAGAGCAGGUGGUAUGUGAUACUGGCUGAGGAUGCGGUGGAUGUGGGAAUCAUCGGAGGAGGAGAGAUCAAUGGACAGGGAUUGAAGUUUGUACAGAGACUUGAUGAGAAGAAGAAUGUAAUGGUGAGCUGGAACCGCACCGGAGCUUGCCUUGGGGAUGAGUGUAGGCCCAGGUUAGUAGGGUUCAUCCGCUGCCGGAAUAUUAAGGUCUCCGAUGUUAGACUCAUCGAACCUGCUUAUUGGUGUUUGCAUCUUGUACGAAGUGAUAAGACAUCAAUCCGUGAUGUAACGAUAUAUGGGAACUUCAAUUCGCCCAACAACGAUGGUAUAGACAUAGAGGAUUCUAAUAAUACAGUUAUCACUAGAUGCAACAUCAAUACAGGAGAUGAUGCUAUCUGUCCAAAGUCAUCAACUGGGCCUGUCUACAACCUCUCAGCAACAGACUGCUGGAUUCGAACAAAAUCCUCUGCCAUUAAACUUGGAAGUGCUAGCUUUUACGCGUUCAAGAAUUUCUUGUUUGAUAACAUUACAAUCGUUGAAUCUCAUCGAGGCCUCGCUCUACAAAUUCGAGAUGGAGGGUAUGUUAGUGAUAUGACCUUCUCAAACAUUAACAUCAGCACAAGAUAUUACCACCCAUCAUGGUGGGGAAGAGCAGAGCCUAUCUAUGUGACCACCUGUCCAAGGGAUGCUAGUUCAAAAGCAGGGUCAGGAGGUGGGGUCUUGAGCAAUCUGAAAUUCAUAAACAUGAACCUGACGUACAAGAGAUGGACAAAAUUCACAGAUGGGUUGGUAGAUUACAGGCCAGGAUGCCAAGAACUUGUGAAGCACCAAACUGCGGGAUUCAUGAUGGAGCAUAUUGAUGGUUUGGUUGUCGAAAACGUAGUCAUGAAAUGGUCCAAUGAUGAAUCAAUGAGGUGGAAUAAUCCAUUGGAUUUCAGGCCAUCCACUGUAAAUAAUAUUUCUUUGCUCAAUUUCUACUCAAGAUCCUACCAACAGUGAGGGAUGAAUAGGAAGCAGCAAGUAAAAUUUGCUCUUCAGAAAAAUAAAGGUGUAAAUACCCCCUUUCCUUCCAAAAUUCGAAGGAUUUAUGUGUUCAUGCUGAACACGAAGUGAUGUUGAUUUGUACUUGUCCUGAUGAACACAAAGUGAUGUUGAUUUGAACUUGUCCCAGUAUAGCGGGCCCAUUCUAUGUUUUCUCAUGGCUGAUUUUGAUAUUCGACCAAAGUCAGCCAAUUCAGGGGUGGUAAAUUUCAUAGGUGGGUCACAGAACUGAGUUUUUUUCUUUCAUCAGUCAAUCAUGUUUUGUAACAUAAAAGAUCACAAAACUUUGCCCUUACUAAUCACAUAUGUUGGAAAAUUAACAUGUCACGGUUCUUUUUAA